AUGUCAAAGCCACAAAAUAAUUCUCAAAGACGUAAAUCUUUUGGGCAAUGGGACAAAACCAAUGUGGUGAAUGUCAAUCAAAAAUACUAUGUUAAUAAAAUUGAUAAAUACACGGAUGCUCAAAAGGAAACCUUUACCCGCUGGGUCAACAUUCAAUUACGCUCAAUUCACAGAUAUGAUUUUCUAAACUCUGAUAAUAAUUCAUCAAAUGAAAGUUUAGCAGACAAACUUCCUGAAAUUAAAGAAAUCGAAAAAGAUUUCAGAGAUGGUACUAGAUUGAUUAAAUUGUUGGAAGUUAUUUAUGAAGGUGAUUCAGAAUUACCAAAACGUGAACGUGGUAAUACAAGACAUCAUCAUAUUGCAAAUGUUAGCAAUGUUUUAAACUUUUUGAAAAAUCGUUUAGAUGAGUCGGGUCUGGCUGCUUUACAAGCAAUUGGACCUGUUGAUAUUGUUGAUGGUAAUGUAAAAUUGACAUUGGGUUUAAUUUGGCUGAUUAUUUCAAAAUUUCAUCAAAUGGUCAGUGUAUUUAAAGACGCGGUAACCGAAGAAGAGUUGGCAAUUGCUAAAGCUCAAUCUGGACUUUUAAAUAGUGGGCUUGGUGAUGAUGAAGAUCAUGAAAAAUUGGAACAAAUUGAAAAAAAUUCAGAAGAAAAAGAAGAAAAAUCAAAUGACAACAAUAUUGAUAAUCAUCUUGGGGAAAAUCCAGUUAAUGUUGAUAAUAAUAGUUCAAUUCAUCAUUCAAAAAUAUUUCUAAAUCCAAAACAAAAUGUUAACAUCAUGAACAACUAUAAUAGAAAAAUGUCAUUACCAGAAAUAGCCAAUAAAGAUUUUCGACUUCCACCUAAAAGAUUUCGUACAUUACGUCUAAAUGAUUCUUCUGCAUCAUUAAGUUCUUCAUCCGGUCUAUUGUUUUGGUUAAACAUGCAACUUGUUGACUAUGCAUCUGUAUUACCUUCAAGUUCUUAUCCAAUUGAAGAUCUAACAGGUUUAAAUAAUGGUGUAUUAUUAUCUGCACUGAUUCAUCAUAAAAAUCCGGAAUGGUUCGAAGAUUUUGAUCUAUUGGUUAAAGAUCCACCCAAUGAUGAUGAAUCUGCAAUAAAAGAAAGGCUACAAAAAUGUUUUAACAUAACAGAAGAAAAACUGGGUGUGGAACCACCAAAAGCUUUGAUUUCCAUAUUAAUUGAAAACAAACAUCAAUUGAAUAAAGAACAGAUUAAUGCUAAAGCUGGUGUUGCGUGGAAUGCAUAUAUUUCAGAGGUUGAUGACAAUAUUAAUAAUAAUAUUUCUAUAUCUCCAACAGCAGUAGAAGUAACAACUUCGACUCAACCUAUUUUAUUUAAUGAACCACCAUUAGAAGAAAGAGAUUCUCUAUAUUCAACUACGAAAGGUUUAUCAAUGGCAUCUUCGCCAUUAUCACCAUUACCACCAUGGUCGCCUAAAAAAUUAUUAGUGAAUGCCGUAUGGGAUUGGGCUACGAAUUGGAUGACUGGUGAUAAUUUAAAUUAUGAUGAACAUGAAGAUGGUGAAAUUGAUAACAGUAAUGAGAAUGAGAUUACUAAACAUGGUAAACGUGAAUCGAAAACUUUUAAAGCUACUAGCAGUAAUUGUGAUUAUGAAGAAGAUAAUAAUAGAAAUUUAAUUGAUAAAAAUUUAAUUGGCAUUUGGAAUAUACAAAAUCAAGCAAACAUUAACUUCAAACCUACAACAACCGCCCUUGGAAAAAUAUCUAAAUUAAAAAUACAUGUUUUAUUGGAUUCUACCGUUUAUACUGCUGGUACAAACUUAUCCGGUAGACUGGUUGUAUCAAGUUUGUCUUCACGUUCAUUGAAAUUAGGUGAAAUUUCAGUUGAAUUGACAGCCUAUGAAGAAUUAACAACAAGAGAGUACACCGCUUCUCAAUCUUUCUUAUCAUCAAGAUUGGUUUUUCAAAGUUCCACUUUACCUCCCUCAAAUGCUGUAUAUGGUCCAAAAGAAGAUGGGUUUUGGACUGCUAAAAAAGGAAAAACGACCUUUCCUUUUGCCUUCAAAAUUCCAAUUGAUGCUCCAAGUUGUGUUACAUACGGAAAUAAUGCGUGUUUAAAAUAUAUAGUUACUGGUGUUGUUCAAUAUAAAAUCAAUAAUAAAGAAGAUUCAACUUUCAAGUCCAAAGAAGCAUUCGUCGUGGAAGCUUGGGAUAUUAAUAAUCCUAUAUAUAAACAACCUGUAGAAGGUAUGAAUAUGAGACAGUUAUGGUUGGGUGGAUCAGGUGCCAUUAUGUUGGAAGCAAGAUUGGUUGAAACGUUUUUUCAAAGUGGUGCCAAUAUCAGUGUACAAAUCAGAGUAAAAAACGAAACUAAAAGAAGAGUUCAAGGAAUUAAGGUUGCCAUCACUCAUAAACUUCAUAUACUUGCCAAUAAAACAAAAAAAGAACUUGACGAUGUUAAGGUUGUUGGCGAGACAGUCAAAGAAGAAUGGUACAAAAAUAAAGAUUUUUUAUUUGAUUGUGGUGAAGAUCGUAUUACCACCGUUCAUAUUGAUGUUCCGAAAAACGUAAGAACAAUAAGAAAUACUGCAUUGUUUGAAGUUGUUUGUUACGUUGUUGUCUCAUUAUACCUGGGACUUUUUACUAAGGAUCUCAUUGUUUAUCUACCUGUAUUUAUUGCACAUUCUUCAUCAUCGCAACCACCACCAAUCGCUAAUAUCGAUAAGAAUGUUUUUCCAAAUCAUUAUAAUAUGAUUGAUGAAAAUGCUGAUUUUUUUGUCGAAGAUUUUAGAAAAGAUGACGACGAAGUUCUUGGUCAGGUAUCAUCACCUGUAAAUAUACCCUCUAAAAAAGGCAGCAGCGGAAUACUUCCAUGGUCAAAUGUUGAAAAUGAUGGUGUUGGGAAAAAUUCACCAAAAGCAUCAUCUCCUGGCUCUGUAUUUAUAUCUGCAAGCCCGAAAAAACUUGGUUCAUUCGCUUCAUCAAUAUUAAAUAUUGCUAAUAAACCUAAACAAAUGUCUCCUACAAGUCCUUCAAAAUUAAUUCACAAAUCCCCUCCAUUAGCUCCUGCUUCUCCUUAUGCAUAUAUACCAGCUUUUGAUCGUGUAAGAUAUUUAUCUUUCACUACUCAGGAACAAGGUCAAUUACAAAAUAGACCUUAUGAUAUUACACAACUAAAUCGAAAUCCUUCAUCGUCGAAAUUCGGAGGUUUUGGGACUUUUAAUGAUCAAAUGUCUCCUCCUACUUCCGAAUAUGAAUUUAUUCCAUCACCGCCUGACCCUUCUUCUAAUAUUGAAAAAUGGCUCGAAAAUCAAAAUAAUGAUAGCUCACCUGAAUUUUCCAAAGCUUCUUCUUCACCGUGGUCUCAUUUAAACAAAUCACAAGAAAUAAUUAAUGCUUCUCCGCAUUCUCAAUCGCAUCAUCCAAAGCCCAUCGUUCCUUUUGGAUCCAUAUCUUCUCCCACAGGUCCUUCAGGUCUCACUUUAUUAAUGCGAAAACAAUUAUCUCCACCAUUGCCGAUUCAAGAUUAUCAGUUUAACGAACCUGCGUUAACAAUAAGUCAGGAAUAUAGUCAUGUACCUAGAGGACGCCGUAUCCUUGGUUUUAAACGGGCAAAAAGAAAUCAAUCACCAAAUACUACAUUAAUUAAAAUUGAAGGAGUAACUACGAAAGAGGAGACUCAGUUCUAUCUUGGGAAACGUGUUGCCUUUGUAUAUCGUGCCAAGCGUGAGAAAAAUGGUAGCAAGAUUCGUGUAAUUUGGGGUCGUGUUUCAAGGUAG